CUCCGUCUCACACUACCUCGAGAAAAAAAAAAAAAUGGCGUCCGGUUUAAUCGGAAGGUUAGUUAGAACCAAACCGUCGCAAUUAACCACCGCAGCGAGGUUAAUCCCGUCGCGAUCCACAGCCUCCGUCACCGAAUCAAAAGGAAAACAAUCGAACUUCAAGACGUUUCAGAUCUAUCGAUGGAAUCCCGAUAACCCUAGCAAACCACAGCUCCAAGACUACAAGAUCGAUCUCAAGGACUGCGGCCCGAUGGUUCUCGACGCGUUGAUCAAAAUCAAAAACGAGAUGGAUCCGUCUCUCACGUUCCGCCGCUCGUGCCGAGAAGGGAUCUGCGGGUCGUGCGCGAUGAACAUCGACGGAUGCAACGGGCUCGCGUGUUUGACGAAGAUCGAAGGAGGGGAGGAAGGAGGGAAGGAGACGACGAUCACGCCGUUGCCGCAUAUGUUUGUGAUUAAGGAUCUGGUGGUGGAUAUGACGAAUUUUUAUAAUCAGUAUAAGAGUAUUGAGCCGUGGCUGAAGAGGAAGAGUCCGGGGGAGGGGGAUGGGAAGGAGAUUUUGCAGAGUAAGAAGGAUAGGGCGAAGCUUGAUGGGAUGUAUGAGUGUAUUUUGUGUGCUUGUUGUAGUACGUCGUGUCCGAGUUAUUGGUGGAACCCUGAGUCUUAUCUUGGGCCUGCUGCGUUGCUGCAUGCUAACAGGUGGAUAAGUGACAGUCGUGAUGAGUACACUAAGGAAAGACUUGAGGCUAUUGAUGAUGAGUUCAAGCUUUACCGUUGCCAUACGAUCUUGAACUGUGCUCGUGCUUGUCCUAAGGGUUUGAACCCUGGCAAACAGAUCGCACACAUCAAGCAACUUCAGCGUUGAAGUGUUGUGGGGACACAGUUACUGUUUGAAGCUAAUAAAUCUUCACAAAGUCUUUGAUUUUGGAUUUAUUCUUGUAUUGUUGUUUUGCUGAAUAUUAGCACCUGUGAAAAACUCUUUUGGCAAGUCUUCCCAAGUAGAUGAGCUUUGUGGUUGUAUCUUGCUGAAAAAUUGCUCCUUUUUAAGUAAUAAAACUGAAGGAAACUUAAAUCUUAUCUACUUGUCAUCUACUCUUUUGUGUUCUAUCUGCAUUGUCUUUUAUAAAA